AUGCCUUUUCUCUCCACCAACCGUGCCCUGCUAAAUCCGCGCUUCGAGGGUUACAAAUUUCAGCCUCUCGAGUACGACGAAGUCACAUCGCACUACCCCCUUCAACACCGUCCUUCGCAAGCGAACGUCUCUGGUCGUGCCCCACUUUCUUUCCAGGAGGUUCAGAGUCGCGUAAGACACAACCAUAUCGCCGUGUGCAGCAAUGGAACGCGUGCAGCGUAUUUCGACGCGGACUUGCGGGUUAUCGGAAUAGAACUGGACGAGGGCACUCUGCAGCCUUCCUUCCAGGUCCUUUGCGAGCUCCCGAAACCCAUCCAGACGGACGGUGCGGAAUUGUUGCAGCGAGAGUACCCAUCUCUUGCGUUUCUCAACAGCACGACUCUUUUCGUCGCCGAUGGCUACGGCUCGCUAUAUGCGCUCUCGUUGCCCGACGGUGCUCCGCCAACCCUUUCCGCGCCCAUCGAUCUAAAUCUGGACGAACAUGGGCAAGCCGAAAUCCCCUUCCGACUACACCAAGUCGCCAGCAGAGACGGUACCGUGGCCGUUGCCCUUCUUUCAGCCAAGCACCACUUGAAACAUGCUCCUGCUUUGUCCAAGAGCUCGCAUCCUCCUCCCGUAGAAUUCGACAUCUGGGCCGUUGAGGUCGCUCUUCCCUCGUUGUCCACAAAUGAGGCCUCUCCUGCGACCGUUCUCUGGCACCGACGCGGGGCAGACGUUCCACUCUACACCGCGUACGACCCCUCCCGCGCCUCCUUCGUCCUCCUCGGCAGCUCCGCGUACCGACCCGUCGCUGCGGCCGCCGCUCCCGCCUACGACCCCUCUCCCGACGAGCUCGCACCCAUCCCGCGCGCGGGAGAAAACCUUGACGGCGCGCCGCCCGACGCCCCCAAGCCCCCGCCCUACUCCUGGACGCAGACGUCGGACACCGUCACGGUCGCGAUCCCGCUCCCCGCGGACACCCCCACCGCGCGGAUCCGGGUCGCGUUCGCGCCCCGCACGCUCACCGUCCUCGUCGACAGCGCGCCCGCGUCCGCGCCGGGCGACGACCCGGACUCGGCCGCCGCGGCGCUCGCGCACCCGCGCUUCACGCUCCGCCCGCUCUGGGACGCGGUCCACCCGGGGACGAGCGUGUGGACGUUCGACCGCGCGGCGGAGGCGCGCUACGGCGUGCUCGCGCUCCACCUCGACAAGGCGCACGAGGGCACGCGCUGGCCGCAGGUGUUCGCGGCCGGCGCGGGCGGAGACGAGGUCCCGGAGACGCUGGACCCGACGGAGCUGUACGCGAUCCGCGAGGCCCUGGAGAAGUACACCGCGGCGCUCGAGGAGGGCAGGACCGGCGCGGGGGGCGCGGGGAUCGGCGGCGCGGUCCCGAGCCUGGCGGAGGGCGAGCGGGACGACGAGAUCGACCUCUCGGUGGGCAAGACCACGUGCGUGACGCUCGCCCCCGCCGCUGCGCCGGGCGCGGGCGGCGACGGGCACCUGGACGACGCGCCCGUCGAGGUGCUCUCCACGCCGUUCCCGGGCACAGACGCGGGCGGCGACGGGGUCGCGCUCGUCACCAAGAACGGGCUCGACGGCCCCGUCUUCGCCCUCCUGCCCGCCCCCGACGGCGACCCGGCGGCACCGCCGGCGUGGCAGCACGUCGCGACGUACUCGGCGCUCGCGUUCGUGCUCGCGUCCAAGCGCGACACGCGCUUCGUGCACCACACCCCGUCGGCGGCCACGGGCGCAGGCGCGGUCGUCGCGUUCGAGAGCGGGGGCGGGGGCGGGUCCGACGCGGGCGGCAACGCGUACGUGUAUCGGGGGGCAGGCCCGCGCGAGAACUGGGCGAAGCAGACGGUCGUGCGCGUCGGGGGCGGGGCGGCGGGAGCGCUGCUUGGAGUCGGCGUGGUCAGGGUCGCAGAGAAGACGGUGGUGCUUUGCUUGUGCGAGGGUGAGCUCGCUGUCUUGCAUGGCGUGGUGUAG